UUUCAUUCAUGUAAAAAAAACUACCUGACUCGUCUGAUUCCCGUCUUGUUUGACAACAACAGUUUCAACAGUUGUCGUAUCUACGACAACCACGGACUCAGGUUAACGGGGUCGCUGCUUAAACCGUAACACCGGGCAACGAUGGCGGCCACCAUGGAGUCAGCAGCCGGCAUGAGUAAAAUGCUGCAGUUUAUGAAACUUAUCGGGCAGCUUAAAAGGGUCCCGAGGACCGGCUGGGUGUACAGGAACGUGAAGAAACCAGAGAGCGUAUCAGAUCACAUGUACCGCAUGGCCAUGAUGUCUCUGACCAUCACUGACCCCACAGUGGACAAGGACAGAUGUAUAAAGCUGGCACUGGUUCAUGACAUGGCAGAGUGCAUUGUGGGAGAUAUCGCUCCAUCGGACAACAUCAGUAAAGCAGAGAAACACAGGCGAGAAGAGGAAGCGAUGAGACAUCUCUCAGGUCUUCUGCCGGAGGGACUCAAACAGGAGAUUUAUGGACUGUGGGAGGAAUAUGAGACCCAGAGCAGUGCAGAGGCCAGGUUGGUGAAACAGUUUGACCUCCUGGAGAUGAUCCUGCAGGCUCAUGAGUAUGAGGAGUUGGAGGGAACGCCGGGAAGACUGCAGGAGUUCUUUGACUCCACCAAUGGUCGUUUCCACCACCCAGACGUGCUCCAGCUUGUCAGCUCUUUAAAUGAAGAGAGAGGAUGUUGCGUGACUAAAAUUGACGAAACAAAGGAUUCUGGGAGCUCACAGACGACAGGUGCAGCAAGUACGACUACACACACCUCAUCCUGACUGUGACAAACACAAUCACUGGAGGGAGAGAGAUACUGGACUGUUGUAUAAAGUGUGAGGAUGCACAGACAUGAAACAGGAUCAUGUGAGCAAGUGUGGAAAACUGUACUUUGGGAGUUUAAACUUCUACAUUUCUUAAUUUUUUGCAUGGAUAUUGUAUUAUUUCUGGUAUCACAACUACUAAUGUAAAAACUGCCAGAUAAUAUGCAAGUGCAAAAUGUCAAAAUACAAUCAAAUUAAUUUGUAAUAAAACAUGUUUGUACCCCUUGUGGAUACUGUUUAUCAAACUGCUUAUGUGGAGAGGAACUAUAAAAUAUGUCAUCUCAAUUGUUUGUUUUCACACCAUUGAUAAAUAGAUUUUUCUUACAUUUUAAUAUAUAUUAUCUGGCAGGUGUUACAUUGUAGGGUCAUCCAUUUAAAAAAUGAAACAGCGGUGCUGCAAGCAUCAGAAAAAUGUCUAUUUUCUGAUGUACAAUAUGCAGAAUGUUUUAGUUACUAUACGGUAGAUUUACUCAGGAAUUCAGUGUUAUUUUCAGUGUGUUGCAUUCAGUUGCACAUUAUUACAGUUAUUACUGUUUGUUAGGUUCAGUCAAAGUUCUCAGCGUUCAUUGUAAAAAGAGUCAUCUGUGAUAUUUAGUCUGGUUUAAACUAUCUUUAAUAUCGAUACAUCAGCCAUAAAAACAGUUAUUUAUAAUGCUGUGUGAUUAAUUUUAUGAAUACAGAUGAAUAUGUUAAACACAAUGUUAUAUGAACAUCACAGUUAUGUUUUGAGUGUGAGUGUUAUAGAGUUUUGUAAAAAGCUCUUUUAACCUGUGCAGAGUUCAAUUUGAUUUCAACCUAACACAAUAUACAAAUGUAAAAUCUAUACUGUAAUUCCAGUAACAGAACAUGCAUUACCUCAGUUAUUUGGUAUGUCAGACAAGCUUUUCUUUUAGUACUUGAUGGAUGACGUGGAUUUUAAUAAAUACAUUUCAUGGACAGACUGAACUAAA